UUGCUCAAGAGAAGCCGGAGCAGAUCCCACUGGAGAACCGCUCCUGUGUGCUCAUCCGACGGGAUCUGGUUGCUCUCCCCGCCAGUCUCAUCAGUCAAAUCGGAUACCGCUGCCACCCAAAGCUCUACUCGGAGGGAGAUCCUGGAGAAAAACUUGAGCUGGUUGCAGGCUCAGGUGUUUACAUCACCCGGGGGCAGCUGAUGAAUUGCCACUUAUGUGCCGGUGUCAAGCACAAGGUCCUUCUGAGACGUCUCCUGGCCACCUUCUUCGAUCGGAACACGCUUGCCAACAGCUGCGGAACUGGGAUCCGGUCCUCCACCAGCGAUCCCAGCAGGAAGCCCCUGGACAGCAGGGUUCUGAACGCAGUCAAACUGUAUUGUCAGAAUUUUGCCCCGAGCUUUAAGGAAAGCGAGAUGAAUGUUAUAGCAGCCGAUAUGUGCACCAACGCCCGCCGCGUCCGCAAGCGCUGGCUGCCGAAGAUUAAAUCCAUGCUGCCGGAAGGGAUGGAGAUGUACCGCACGGUCAUGGGCUCCACCACAAACAGUGUCCCCCUGGAUCCCGAAUUCCAGCCCAACACUGCUCAGGUCUUUGAGCAGCGAAUCUAUGCAGAACGGAGGAGCGAGGCGGGAACUAUAGUAGCCUUGAGAACUAACACGGUGAACGUAGAGCUGAGCAAUGGAUCCAACCAGUCCUUCGAACAGAGCGAGGAUGCCGAAGGGGCUGGCUCUGUGAUACAGGAGGCAGCUGCCACAGAUGCUAUGGCAUCGGAUACCCAAAGCACUCCCCAACCUUUUGAACAAGGUUCGGGCUCCUCCAGCCGGCCUGAAACUCCCGUGAGAAGACAAGACGGUACUUUCGGAGGGACUUUAUAGAGAGCAAACGUUUCAUGACCUAUAAGGGAUCUGUAAUACUAAAGCUGCUUGCAUGCAUUACUAAUACGAAACAAAAAAAAAUGUGAUCAAGCCACUUACCUACUGAACU